AUGCUGGCGAGUGCUUCAGCACGUCAAAAACGUCGUCGGCCGUCUGCCACUUUCAUGCUCUACUUGGAGCUGCAGUUGCACUCAGACCGGAAGCAGCCAUCAGGCGUCAGGUAAUUAGACCACAUGACCCGCUGCCACAGGAAAAAACGUCUUGAAUUCGUUUGCGGUCGAAGCAAAUACUUCACUCAAACUGGAAGACUGCUCCGAACGCGAACGGUCUAACACGCGGUGGCAGUGCGAAGGAAUGAUCCCACGUCUCAAGUUUUGGCACACUCGACGGGACCGAGAUUCUUGUGAGAGGCGAUAGUCGCGUGGGCUGCGAGUUUCUUGAGUCAUGGUUCACUGGCCAUUAGUCUGUUAACAAGUGCAAUGAUCACCCUCUUCCAUAUUUGGUGCUGAGACCUUGUCUAAGAGAAGUAAUCAGCCAAACAGGAAGCGCACAGACGAGUACUAGUCCUAAUGCCAAAGCCAGCGUGCCAGGCAGUUGAGCAAUCAUCAUGCCAACACCCAACAUCCGUGAUGAAAUAGCGACGAGUAACGACCGGGAUGCCAACCAUCAACCAAUUAUUGCUCCAAGACCGACCGUCCUCGAUGGAGAGGGGCAGCCAUCGAUUUUCAUAGGCAUGCAGCAGCAUAGCGACUGUUUUCUUUGAACAAUGCAAGACCCCUGCACAAAAGUCACCCGUAUUAAAUACUGUCCUCAAUAAUGGCACUUGUUGCUUUCACUCAUGUUGGAGAUGGAACUGACACUUCACACCUCCUUCUUGGUCAUCAACGUAAGCAGAAGCCCUAACGAUGAAUUUUUAGACAGUGUCGUGCGGAGGAAAACCGGAUCUGGGCAACAUACGAGUCUAGCGAAAGCCUUUGGUACGGUGAAUCGUGAAGGACUGUGGAGAAUCAUACAAAUUUUCGGGUGUUCCGCGCUAUUCACUCAGACGGUGCGUCAGCACCACGAUGGCAUGAUGGCGCGAGUCACGGACAAUGGAGCCGUUCCAGAGGCAUUCGCAGUGACCAACGUAGGGCUGCGUCUUCGCGCCUACGCUCUUCAGUCUCAUGUUCUCUGUCAUGUUGAUGAAAGCCUGCCGUGAUAAACACCCGGGAUACGCAUUGCCACAGGACGGACGGCCACCUCCUCAAUCGGCGGCGGGUGCACUUCCAGUCGCGUGUAUUCACAGCCACCGUCUACGAACUUCUCUUUGUCGACGACUGCGCUUUCAACGCCAUCUCCGAAGGAGACAUACAAAGGAGCAUGGUCCUCUUCGCAACCGCCUGCGACAACUUAUUUCUGGUCCUGAACACGGAGGAGACAGUGGCCAUGCAUUAACCACCACCCGACGCUGCCUACAUUGUACCUCAAAUCAACGUGAACAGCGCCCAACUGCAAAUAGUGGACAACUUCACCUACCUGGGCAGCACACUCUUACACACCACUAAAAUCCAUCAUGAAGUGACCCGCCGGAUUUCCAAAUCCAGUCAAGCCUUCGGCCGUCUGCACAGAGACAAAUCUUGAACCGCCGCGGUCUCCAUCUCAACACCAAACUGAAGAGGUACGGGGCAGUCUUCCUGCCGACGCUGCUAUACGGAGCGGAGACCUGGACGGCGUAAAAGAAGCGGCGCGAAAACACAACCAAUUUUACCUCAGCUGUCUUCGAUGGAUACUGAAGCUGAGGUGGCAGGACCGGGUCCCGGACACUGAUGUAUUGGAACGGACGAAAGUCCUCAGCAUCUGCGCCAUGCUGCGACAGUUGCAACUGCGCUGCAGGGACGAUGAGCGGCCAUCCAAACGGCUCUUCUAUGGAGGUGUCGCCACGGGUUCCCGCUGACAAAAAGGGCGAGUUCGUAGCUAUAAGGAUACCCUGAAGACCUGCCUGAAGCGUCGGCCAACUGAGAUGACCUCGACAUGGACCAACCGAUUUGGAAGUGGACAGUGAAUACAGGCGUCACGAUCUUCGGAGUCAAUCGCAUCAUCGUCGCCAAAGGCAAACGCGAGGUUCGCAAAUCUCAACUGUGCUCACCUCGCAAUGCACAUGCUCAGUCGCCCCGACCGGCCCACGUUGUCAGUGAACGUUUGGGACACUUAUUGAUCUUAUUAAGCAUAAUCGUAUCAUUUGUAGCACCCGAACGACUCCGCCCGAUGCCCCACCGUCCACCUCUGCCUCGCCCCCCACGUCGACAGCCAACACUGACCACACUACUGAAUACCCACUACCAUCCUCCUCCUCCUCCUCCUCCUCCUCCUCCUCCUCCUCCUCCUCCUCUCCAACAUCUGCUUCACUUCGCUACGACAGCUCCUGUACGCAUCACCACCUCACCCAAUCCUGA